AUGCCUCCGAAAAAGAAAACUACGUCGGGCAAUGGCAGCGCGCAGCCCGCACGCGAUCAGCUCAAGGCGGCGGUGAUGGCCCCUGCGCUGACGUCUCGACUGGCACACAUCCCCUCGCCCGCCCGCUUUGUGCUGGUAGUCUUCGGCAGCCUCCUUGCCAGCUCGGUUUUUUUCACGCUCACAUCCAGCUUGACGCGUGGUGACCUCGGACUGGUCAGCAAGCACCUAGAGGAGUGGUGGGAAGUGGUGGGGUUGAUAGCUUGGAGGGCCGUGGAGAUCGGCUUGGUUUGGAGCUUGGGAUUCGACGGCCGUGAUGUGGCAUCGUUCUUGUUCCUGACCCAUCUGCCCACAUACUCGCUCCUGUCAUUUUUCUACGGUGUGCGCCCCUCCUCGGCAUUAGUGUCCUACACGAUCACAGUCGCCUCGUCCGCCGUGCCGUUCAUCUUCCUGCGCCGGCCCGCAUCAGUCCACGAUCUCUCCCAUGCCGCCACCGACGCGGUCGCCAACCGGUCCAUUCUGCAAGAUCGGUUGACCACGAUCUACACGACUCUCGCCGCAACCUCCAUCUUCACCGUCGUGCUGUAUGCCAGCUACGCAAGCUGGCUACCGGCACAACUUGUCGUGCACUUUGAGAGCAUCCCCGAUAUCAGUGCCGCCCAUGCCGGACCGGCAGGCCUGCCUGUGCUCUUUCUGACGCUCGUCCCUGCUGGCUGGGCCGUGCGCGACUUCUUGUUCGUGAGCUCUGCAGGCAACUCGACUGGUGCUGCUGAACCGACGCCACCGCCGACGCCUCAUGAGGGCGAGUACUUGAUUGUGGGCCUCUACCACAAAUCCUGGGGCCAGUUGUCGAAGAAGACGCGCGUUCUCGUAUCUCGGACGGCGGUUCUUACCACCGCGGUGCUGCUCAAUACCAUCGUACAGGUGGCGGGUACUAUUCGCAGUGUCUCGGUCGAAGGCGCCUCUGCCUGGGGAGCCGUCUGGGCUGUCGCAACGCUGACUGUGGGGGCUACCUUUGGAUGGAUUGAAGCUGUGGAUGGUGUAUAA